AUGGAGAAUAUUAGUGGAUCGAAAGAUGAUUUUGAAAAAAAAAAGAAAAAAGACAAAUCUGAUAUUUCGACAACAUCAAAUCGACCAAAAACUGAACGAAAAAAUGUCGGAGCAAUUCCAAUUCCUGAUGCAAAUGGAACUGGAGAAAAUGGAGAAAACCCAGAUGAAGGAUAUCUACAAAGUAAUAUGUAUGUUUUUAUUUGAAAAUUAAUUGAUUAAAAUAAUGGUAUUUCAGAAUAUCGCAUUUUUAUAUGGGUCAAAAAGUUCGAGCAAUGCAUGGUGAUAGAUGGUAUGAUGCAAGAGUUGUCGAAAUUCGACAAAGUAAAACCAAUGAUAUUACAGCUAUUUUGAAGAAGGGAAAUAAUGUGAGUAUUUUUAAAGGGAGGGGGGGGUAAUUUGGGUGGAAAAAGUUUCGAACCAGGUCAAAUUUUUCUGAGAAAAAUCAUACAUGGCACUGCUCCCGAAACUGUGAGGGGGAGAUCAUGUCUUUUGGAAAAAUUUUUCGAGCGGGGGGGGAUCAUUUUGGAAAUUUUGAAUUCACGCCUGAAUCAAAAUUUUGAUUUGGGCGGGUAGCUAAUGAAAAUUCAUGCUCAAAUCAAAAUUUUUUUCAAUUAUUUUUUUAAAUUAAAAAAACUCCCAAUCGUUUUCGGAUUAAAAAUGUUGUAUUUCACUUUCUACCAUUUUCUCAAAACUCAUAUUUCAGCCUGAUGCUCUAUCACCUGAAUUGAAAGACGAAUUGCUGAAAUUGGCGAAGAAAAUGGAAUGUUUUGUUCAUUAUCUUGGUUGGAAUUCGAGAUAUGAUGAAUGGAUUAAUUUGACGAAAUUAAAAGUUUCGGAAAAAGAUCAACAAUCUUCAAGAAAUUUGAUCAAAGAAAACUUGAAGACAGUAACUGAUAUGAAGAUUGCUUUGGCUGAAUAUUCGGAAGAUGGUCCAACUAUUGAGAAAAUUCUUGAAAGUAUUCGAGAUAUUAAAGAGAAAGAAAAAGAGGAACCUGUUACUGCCGAACCGCCACAAAUUCAAUCUCCACCACAACAACCUUCAUCAUUGUCAACUCCUGUUCCACCAAAUGUUCCUAUAAAUAUACCACUUCCUGUCCCAAUUCCACUCCCAAUUCCAAUUCAAUCACCACCCACAACUUCACAAAUUGUUGUGAAUACAAUUGAGAAGAAAUCAGUUGUCGCAUCGCCUUUGCCACCAACAAUCGAAAGACCUGCUUCGUUAUCACCACAAGCAACUGGAUUUGGAAGUCCAACUCGAGUUGCUGCAAUGUUGUCAGCUGCAGCUGCUGCAACUUCUUCAACUGAAGUAACAGUUCGAGAUGUUGCUGCGAUGGCUGUUGGAUUAGAAGCGAGGCAAAGAGGUGGAAGAGUUCUGAUUGGUCCAGCAUCGAAUCGAAAUCAGAAAACACUUUUACAUCAAGUAUCGUCUGAAGCUGGUCUUCAAGCAUUGAGAAGUUCAUAUGUUCCGGUAACAACAACUGCAACUUAUGUUGCAGCUAUUGAAUCAACAUCCAAAGAUGAAGCACAGAAAGAUAUUCAAAAAGAAGUUGAAAAGAAAAUUGAAGAGAAACCGAUUGAGGAAAUACAGAAAGAAGAUAAAAUUGAAGAGGAAAAAGAAGAAAAGACAAUUGAAGCAGUUAUUGUAAAACAACCAGAAACUCCACCGAAAAAAGAGGGAACACCUGAAAAAUCAGAAGAAUUGAGAAAAAGUGCUCGAAAAUCAACAAUUGCUUCAUCAACGGCCUCUAUAAAUGCACAAAAAGCAGCACUUUUGAUGCAAUCUGGACCAUUGACAUUUCCAACACCUGAAAAGGAGAAAGAAAAAGAGAAAACACCUCAACCUGCAUUUAUUGAUACACCAAUUGUUGCAAGAAAAUUGAGUAAUACUGUAACACCAACAACAACAACACCAUUUGCUGAUCCGACUUUAUUACCAUCGACUUCGAAAGGUGUUCCGAAUAAAAGGAAAAGGUUUGUUUUUUAUUCACUUUGAUUUUUAUUUCAUUGUCAAUAAAAUAUUUCCAGAUCUGGACGAGGUGGUUUUGGUGGAUCUGGAAUUGAUCGAAAAUCGCAUGGAAAAAAUAAAAAUGAAGAUGAUUCGGAUGAAGAAGAUUUGGGAGGAGGAGAAGCUAGUCAUUCAACACCAACAAUAUCACAUCGAGCAGAUACAUUCCAUUCUUUGAAAACGAAAAUGCACAAAUUGAUGGAACAAAACAAUGAAUUGAAUGAUUUGAGUCUUCUCGAUCUUCCGGAUUAUGGUUUGUUUUUUUGUUGUUGUUGAAAAGUUUGUGGAUCAGGAAAAGCUGAAAAGUUUUUAAAAAAUUUUUAGUUGAAGAAAACCCAGAAUUGUUCUGUGAGCCAAGUGAUCUCGACUUAGAAUGCUUUUCUGAAAAAAAGCCGAGUUUCGGAAAAUUUUUACCGUACUCAAAAACUUCAGAAUUUUUCUUGUCAUUUUUUUAAAAUUUGAAAUUUUUUCUAAAAAAUAUUUCGAAGAGAAACAUGCUUUCAACCACACUUGGAUUCUGAAAUUCUGAAAAAAAAAUUAUUUUUUAAUUUUUUUUCCAGAUCAACUUCUAAAAAAUACUCGUGAUGAAGAUUUGAGUGAUAUCCUCGAAGCAAGAUGUUUUGAACUUCGAGAAAUUUAUAUGACAGCAAAAUCCGAUAUUGUUGCAAUGGAAAAAAAGAAACGAAGGUUUUACGAGAAAAAACGAGAAAAAGAGAAGAAAAUGCGAGAAAGACGAAGUAUGACACCAAUGAUUGCAUCAACAUCAAAUACAAUAUCAGAUCUCUAA